AACAUGUUGAGUUGAACACUAUAAUAACUAUGAAUCUAAAAGAUAGAAUAUCUUUGAAUCUAAAUUUAACACCUUUAAACCUAGAAGAUGAAAUAUAUCUGAACCCAGAAAAUGAAGUUAUAAACCUUUGUGUCUUUGAAUCAUGGGAAAGUGCUGACACUAUUAUAGAAGCUUAUAAUAAAAAACAUAGAUUUGCAAUUAUAAAGAAAUGGUUAAUUCAUCAUGAAAAUAGCAGUAUUAAGCAUCAUAGUUUUGGAUGUGAAUUUGGCAAUC